AUGCCGCUGGGCGGCGCGCUCCCGCUGGGCACGUGCCCGGACCUGUGCCCCGAGGCGGAGCGCGCGGCGCGUGAACGCCAGCGGCGCCUGCACCGGCUGGAGGCGGCCCCUGCGCGCGCCGUCAAAGAGUACGCGCGGCCGGCGGCGGGCAAGGCGCGCCCGCCCCCGAGCCAGCUGCGGCCGCCGCGCGUGCUGCUCGCCACCGUGCGCUACCUGGCGGCCGAGGUGGCCGGCCGCGCCGACGUGCCCCCGCCCGACGUGGCCGUCUUCGUGUGGGACCGGCUGCGCGCCGUGCGCCUCGACCUGCUCCUGCAGCCCUCGGCGCCCCCGCGGGACGCCGCCGCCGUGCUCGAGGCCGCGCUCGCCUGCCAGCUCUGCGUGCCCGGACCGCCCGGCGGCCACCCCGGCGAGGGCUCCGGCGCGGGGCUGGACCCGCAGCUGCUGCACACGCAGAUGCAGGAGGCCUUCGGCUCCCUGCGCCGCUGCUACGCCGACAGCCCCGAGGUGCACCCGCGCCAGGGCUUCUUCCAGAGCCUCUUCCUGCUUUACAACCUGGGCUCCGUGGAAGCCCUGCACCAGGUCCUGCUGCUGCCCCCCGGCCUGCGCUCCUGCCCGGCCCUGCGCCGAGCCCUGGCCGUGGACGCCGCCUUCCGAGAGGACAACGCCGUCCGCCUCUUCCGCCUGCUCGGCGCCCUGCCCUACCUGCCCAGCCGGGCCGCCCAGCGCCACGUGGGGUCGGCCCGCCGCAGGGCCCUGGCCGCCCUGGCCCGGGCGCUGGGCACCUCCCGAGGCCAGGCCUACCCGCUGCGCCGCCUGGCCCGCCUCCUGGCCAUGGACAGCCUGGCCGAGACCGGGGCCCUGUGCCGGGCCCACGGGCUGGCCGUGGAGGGGGAGGCCGGGGACGAGAAGGCCGUCUUUGUCCGGGGCCGCUACACGGAGACCGGGCCCCUGCCGGCCCUGUCCUGUGGCCUGCUGGUGGAGAGCAAGCUGAGGGGGCUCAGUCUGGAGCAGGUGGUGAUGGGGGAGGAGGGGGAGGAGGGGGAGGCCCUCUCCAGGACACCCCGGUGAAGCCACGCUGCUCCCCCACCCUCAUCCCCACGUGCCAAAGACCCCUCCCCAUCCUGACUCUUUGCCAGUAAAAUUGGCUUUUUAAA